CAAACCGAAAAUAUUUUAAUAGCCAGUUAAUUUGUGUGGUUGCUGAAAUGGCGAUUUCAGGAUUCCAAUCGUUUCGUAUUACCGUAGAAAUUCCUCUUUUGCUUUUGACAUAUUCUAUUAUGGUACAAAAGGCCCUAUAUACGAAUCUCAGCAUAUACCGAACUUGUUACACUAUACUAGACUAUCCCAAGGAAAAUUGUUCCCAACUAGGAAACGAAGACAACAAUAUGACAGAAUUGUUAGAACCGAAAGUUCAACCGACCGUAAAUCACAUAAAUAUGGUCCAAAGUACGAUACAAUCAACAAUUCCUUUAUUUAUUUGUAUAUACGUCGGAUUAUGGUCCGACAGAUUCGGAAGGAAGCCAUUUUUGAUAGCCUCGCUCGCAGGGGCAUUGGUUUCGGCAGCAGCAAAUGUACUGAUAGUUUAUUUUGAGGAUCUAACCACCUGGUGGUUUAUCGCUAGUAUGAUGCCGUAUGUAUUGACAGGUGAAACUGGGGCUUUUAUGCUUUUGGUCACUACAUACAUCGCAGACAUCACCACCUCCGAACAAAGAGCAUUGAGGUUAGCUCUUUUUGAAGUGAUUUUUGGUUUGUCUUCAGUUUUUGGAAAUUUUAGCGCUUCCUAUUUAUUUUAUGCCACAAAUUACGCAACUGUUUAUUUAAUCACUAUGAGUUUGCUGGGAUUCAGCCUUUUAUAUACGAUAUUUGUUUUACCGGAAUCUCUGAAAGGAAAUAAAGAGGUACAAAAUUCAAAAGAAAAAAUCAAAUUGACGAACGUGAAGGAUUUAGUGAAAAACAUUUUCAAAAAGAGACCGAACAAUGGUAGAAUCCAUCUAUUAUCGAUUCUUGGUAUUAUUUUAUUACAGAAUUUCACCAUUGGAGAAAUGACAGUACUGACUCUAUUUUUGAGAGCCAAAUUCUACUGGACAUUAUCGAAAAUAACGUUAGUCAACAGUAUUGCCAGUAUUUUGAAUAUAAUCGGUACUGUAUUCAGUACUGUGGUUCUUCAUAAGUUGCUCAAAAUACAAGAAUUUCCUCUAGUACUUCUAGCAUCCAUUUCGCACAUUAUAUCCAAUAUACUUAGAGCCAAUGCCACUAAUGACAUAUAUUUAUACAUAUCGUACUGCGCGUUCGCAUUUAGAGGCAUGGGAGGCAUAAUGCUCAGAACCGUUACGUCAUUUAUCAUAUCUUCGCAGGAAAUGGGAAAAGUUUUCGCGGUAAUCAGUAUUUUGACAAGUCUCGAUGAAUUGACAGCUAAUAUAAUAUAUCCGAUGGUCUACAACGCAACUCUGCACACCAACAGCGGAAUUUUCAAUUAUAUGUCUGUGGGAAUGAUGGCGGUUGGCAGUAUUCUGAUAAUAUAUAUGAUGAAUGUUAAUUACGCUCAUUACGAACCACCGACGAAAGAAGAAGAUCUAGAUGCAAAGAAAAAUAUGGCGUUGAAUAAUAUGGAUAUAUUCACUCCAACGCAACGAAUGAGUUUAGAAAUAGGCACCAGGACGUUUUCUCUUAGAUCUAUAACGAAUACUCCAAUUCCUUGAAGUGCAUUUAUAACGGAUAUUCACUUAUAACCACGAAGAUCUGCUCGGUCCUUUCCCGAACGUAAUAAAAUAUAGUCAAUUUUAAGUUAAAAUUCGAUAUCAAAACAAUUUUUUGUGAUAUCACUUAUUUUUGAUUUACAUGGUAUACUAAACUUAAAUAUAAUUGCUUUACUGAUUUAAUUUCGAUAUACACGGUAUAUCGAACUUGUUUAUCUCAUUCUAGCGCAUCUACUUUGAUAUUUCCUCUCUUUAUCAUAUUGAUUCGGUUAUUUAGUUUCACACACUGAUUCAAUAUGGUAUAUUAAACUUGCUUCUAUUUCAUUUCAAUCCAUACAGUUUAUUAUGUUCUAUCUUUAUCACAAACAAAACCUAAAUGAACUUGCAGCAUUCUAUCUCACUCUUACACUCCUUUUUUAAACACGUAGAUUUGGUGGCAUAUUAAAUUUGUUUCUAUCUCAUUCUAACUCAUACAUUGUGUUAUCUUCUUUCUUUAUUAAAUUGAUACGAUUUCUAUACGAUAUUCAUACGUUGAUAUGAAAGGCGUUACUACUUGAACUCGUUCUACUUUUUUAUUAUGAAUUAUUACUGUAUACUGUAAAGUGAUUUUUUUUAAUUGUAGACAUAAUACUUAUUCGAAUCAA